CAUGCAUGUUUGUGCCUUCCAGGUGAUGUGCCCAACAUGCUUCUGCACGAGAGUUUGCUAUGGGAAGUAAGCAUGAGCAAGAUGAAGCUGGCACAGUGAGGCUAGAGACGGGUCACAUUUGGUCGCACAUGGGAGUUGUUCUUGUGAACGUGGGUGAUGAGAUUGACACAAAGCUGCCGAGGAAGGAGCGGGUGACAUUUGUUUCUAAAGGUGCUGAUUCUAUAUCUCGAGCAAAGCAGAUUCUUACCUCGAUACCUGCAAGAGCAAGAGAAGCAUACAACCAUAGCCAGGAUGGUCAUAUCGCCCAAGAUGGAAAAUAUGAGGAUCUUCUCCAAGCUGGAACUGAGCUCAAUGCACCAAGAACAAAAUCAAUUGAAGCAACACUUCGUGUAUAAUGUAUUGUGAACCUUGGAUUGAGCUCAUGUGUGUGGUUUAUGUAUUGGGAGCCUUGGAUUGAGGUCAUGUGUGAGGCUAAUGUAUUGUGAGCCUUUUACUUUGUAAUAUGUGAUAAUGAUGUGACAGGCUCAUGGAU